GGGGGGGCAAAUAGGCUUGUUUUGGUUUGGCUUCUUCUUCUUCAAUUCUUAAGGUUGUCCGUUGUCGAUGUACUUCGGUACUGCAAACCGGUUGAUCGCGUGGUUAGGCUUCUUGGAAAAUUUGAGAGCUUGCCUGCAUGUGCUCUGUCAAAUCUCGAAAUGGCUCCAGCGGACAAGAAGAAACUGGUGAAACCUGCCGUUCGUGAACCCCUUAGGAGACCAAAAAAGCCUAAGGUCAAGAAAGAGAAGGUUGUUAAAAAAGAAGAACCACCUAAACCCAAAGUAAAGAAACCUGUCAAUCCACGUCACUUCAGGCCCAGGAAACGUCAUGAACCCAAACGUCUCCUUAAAUUGAAGAAGAAGGAUGAGCGGGAAGUACCUGCCAGAUUUUUGGGUGGUCGUCUCUUUGCCAAGGCUAUUUUCACUGGAUACAAGCGAGGACAACGACAACAGCAUGAAAAGUACGCUCUUUUGAGGGUUGAAGGGUGCAAAAAGAAGAAGGAUUUGCAGUUUUAUGUAGGAAAGAAAUGUAUCUUUGUUUACAAGGCUCAUAAAAACAGGAAAAUGUCCGUAUCCAGGCAUAAGACUCCAUCCAAAAUCAGAGCCAUCUGGGGAAAAGUCACAAGACCUCACGGUUCCUCCACAACUGUCCGAGCAAAAUUCAAGACAAAUCUCCCACCCAGAGCCAUGGGCAAAGCUGUCAGAAUUAUGCUCUACCCAUCCAGGAUUUAAUUCCCAAAACAUGUUUUUUUUUUACAACCUAAGUUUUCAAUUUUAAAAUAAUUGAAUUUACUUUUAAUAAAUUGAUCGUUUGUAUAAAGA